AUGAUGUACACCCUUCUACCACUCUUGGUUGUCUUUUGUGUCUCUGCGAGAACAAUCUACCGUAUCUAUUUUCACCCCCUUAGCAAAAUCCCAGGGCCCAAACUAGCAGCUGCCACUCACCUGCAUGAAUUCUACCACGAUGUUAUUCGUGGUGGAAAAUUCAUUUGGGAAAUCGAGAAGAUGCAUAGAGCAUACGGCUCAGUCGUGCGAAUAAACCCGCGAGAAGUCCAUAUUGCUGACCCAUCUAUGUAUGACGAGAUCUAUGCUGGGUGUGGCCGGAAACGAGAGAAGGAUCCGCGCAUGGUAUCAUCAUAUGCAUCAUCAUAUGCGGCUCUGGCAACCGUCGAUCAUGAUCUUCACCGUGCUCGUAGAGCCCCGCUGAACCCGUUCUUCUCGAAGAAGGCUGUACUUGAGCUCUCAGGUGUCGUUCAAGAAAAGGUGUCCCUUCUAGCAUGGCACCUGGAACGGGUACAUGCCGAGCAAGCGGUGUUCGCGUUAAGUACAGCCUUCACUGCACUUACGGGAGACAUCAUCACACACUAUCUUUAUGGCAAAGACAAUGGGUAUCUGAGAGAAAAGGACCUGGUGAAAAGAAACAUUGUGUGGGACAUCUUGGCCAAGGGCACUAGUGCCUGCCAUUUGUUCCGAUUCUUCCCAAUUAUUCCAACCCUAACGAAAGCUUUGCCAAUACGGCUCAUGCGCCUUGUUCGUCCUGCAUUGUCAAAUGUGUAUGACAUGCAGGAGCAGAUUUCCCGUCAAUCAGAUGAGGCUUUAGCGCAUGAAGGCGCAAAACGAAGGUCAAUAUAUCAUGCUCUGAGCGAUCCUUCUGUACCUGCGGGCGAGCGUUCUGUAGCUCGCCUGCGCGAUGAGAGCUUUAUUGUCCUCCUCGGGGGUACAGAAAGCACGGCAGCGACAUUGACGCUUGCGACAUAUCAUCUUCUGCGAAACAAAGACCUUUAUAUCAAGCUCCGGCAAGAACUGCAGCAAGUCAUGCCUAAGCCAACUAGUGAAGCCAAUUGGGCACAGCUGGAGCGGCUGCCAUACCUGACGGCCGUCAUCAAUGAAGCUCUCCGGCUUGGGGCAGCAGCUUUGAGACCAGCGCGAGUGGCACCAACAGAGACACUAUAUUAUAAGGGAUACGAGAUCCCGCCUGGCACUCCGGUCAGCACAAUCAGCUAUUUCAUCCACCGUAAUCCCGCGAUUUUCCCAGAUCCUGAAAGCUUCCACCCCGAGCGAUGGAUCCAAGCUGCUGAACCGGGGGACAACCUUACCAAAUACCUAGUUCCUUUCACACGGGGCAGUAGAAUUUGUAUUGGCAUGAACCUGGCCUAUGCAGAAUUGUACAUGACGCUGGCGGCCAUUGUGCGUCGCUUUGACCUAGAGCUAUGCGAGACGCGCCCUGAGGAUAUGGAAUUCAUGCGGGAAAUGGUAGUACAGCGUCCGGAAAAAGGAGUUUGGACACUCAAGGUUCGAGUAGUAGGAAUCAGUGAGGCGUGA